UUAAGGAUUGUUCCAAAAAGUGUUCAAUAUUUUUACUUUUUAUACCCUGGAAGCAGUAUCACAGUUUGCUUUUAUGAACCCAUUCUAGUUGUAACAAACUGAAAAGUUAACUUGUAUUAUCAUAAGCCGAUAUAUUGUGCCUCAAGUGCACGUUGUUAUAUGCGUGUUUGACAAUUCCUCUAUGAAGAAGAGAAUUCGAAGCUUUUGAUGAAUAUUUGUUGAAAUCAAAAAAGUUUGUCGUGACCGAAAAUGAAUCAUUCAUUAUAUAGACAAGUAGGUGGUAAGCAUCCGUUCUUGAGAGACACUCACUGCUCUUUGCCUUCUUUUGUGGUUACAGUUUAUCCAGCCUCAAUCGUUACCUCCAAGGCAUAUUGGUGACAUUGAAGGAGAAUGGAUCAAAUAGAAUCACCCAGCUGCAAGCUUUUCGAAUGAUACUUUACUGAUUAUUAGGUUUGACUCCAGUAUUUUCCGAUUUAUUCAUAUUCAAUGGAUCCCUUUAUUUAUUCUUGGUCGAAAUCUUGUAGUGCGCUUUCUAAGAGCUUUAAAUACAUGUCUUCUGCCAUGCUUAUUAUGCUUUACAUGACUUCGAUGGUGUCUAACACUUUAUUCGUAUCAGUGCUAGUAAAAAAGUUGGGAUCUUCGAGAUUUCGGUACUUCGAUACUACUUUAAGCUGUCAAAUUUCAAUUACUUAUUGCUUUCAAGGUGCUUCUGUACAAGAAACUGUAAAUUAUAUUUCAGUAACGCAAUGACAAUUAAGCAAUUUCAAAAACUUCGUAGCACAAACAAUAGCGGAGCAGAGCGACAAAGAGUCAGAGUCAUGCUAUUUUUCAAACGAGUUUGGACUUUUCUAUUAUAUUGAUUGAGUCUUUAUUCUCUCUGUACCUAUUUGGCUUUCACUGUAGUAUUGAUGCGUUCCAACAACGCUCUCUUCCUUUCAUCGAUUUGUAAAGUUUUCUUUUUUGGAUAUCUUGUUAUCCUUUAUCCUUCAGUAAUUUUGUUAGUUUGGAGAAUUUCAUUCCAGAAGAGAAUUAUUUGUCGGUGAAGCUUGUAUUUAAUUCUUUUUGAGCUAGUGACUUGUUUUUAUUUUUGAAGGGCUGCUCUUAGGUUUUUGCCAUACUUUGAAAUGCAUUUUGACUUGAUUUUUCAUGCAGGAAAAUGGCGACAUAUUUCAACCAUUUUAUCUCUCUGGAGAAUCCUCCAACAAUGCAGAAAUAUUAGAUAAUUCUUCUUUUCGUUCUGCAUAUCUUCCUUUUACGAUAUAAAACAUCUCUUCCACAAAAUGACGUCUUUUCUGGUUUCAAUCUCUCUUUCAGAUCUUGGAGUAAUAUUUCCUCGAAAACUCAGACCUUAUUAAACUGAUAGCAUCAUUU